AUGCCUCUCCUUCCCUCCCCACGAGCGAAGAUGCCUUCAUUUCGCCUCCAUGAGCAAAAGUCGGACGAUGAGUUUGAAGCUAUAGUAGAUUGUGAAAACGCAGGAUAUGCAACUCCAUUCAAUGGGUUCUGGGAGGUAUUGAAGGGGCCAAGUGUAGAUGGUUUAGUGAAGAGAACAGCCCAAUGGCAUAGAGAUGACAAAAGUAGUAGAUGGGUGUAUGUUACUGAUGAAGAGACGGGAGAAUGCGUUGGAGCCAUGGAGUGGAAUUUCUAUGAAGAAAACCCGUAUAGUCAUGGGGCACCAGAGCUGAUUGCGGACUGGUGGGACGAAGGUACGCCAAUCAGAAAAUUAUCAGAUUAUGUCCUCAAAGCGUUCUUGAAAGAUCGACCGCACAUUAUGGGAAUACCCCAUGCCGUCAUCUCCUAUUGCGUUACCCGACCCACUCAUCGACAUAUGGGCGUUGGAACCAUGAUGAUGGAAUGGGGUCUCAAAGUCGCCGACAAAAUGGCUCUGCCAGUCUUCGUGGAAUCGACCGAAGAUGGUGAAAAAUUCUAUGAGAAGCACGGCUUCAAAGUGAUAGAGUCUUUAGUACUAGACGCCCCGGUUCCAAACCAGGGCAUCGACUUCGAGCAAGUCCGCGAGCGAUUGAUGCCAGUACCAUACUUCGUUAUGACCCGUCCGCUAGGAGGCAAGAGCGGUCCUAUCAAUGACCCCAAGCAUUCGAACGGUAUCAAGCAGACUAAUGGUGCUGGCACAGCAGAACCAACAAAUACCAUCUCAAAUGGUUCAUACUUUCAAGUUCAAUUCGUGGAUUGUUCAUUUACGAACUGCCAUUUCAACAACUGCUCGAUCUCGAACGGAAAUAUACUGCUUCGGAAUGAAGCACCCAUCACACAAGAUCCGUCCAGUAAUCAAGUCAAUACGCUGGCACUCUAG